AUGAAGUCGCUGCGAGAAAUCGAGGCACAAAGUAGCACGGAGCUGUUCGGAAUGCCCUUUCGGAUGCGUGUGCUCCAGGAGCUGUUGGAACAGUUAUCUGACAAGCUCGACCACAGUGCGCAGGAGGAGAUCAACAAGCUCGAUGUCCACCAGGCGCUGAACAUCCUCAGCGACAUUGACUCCCAGGCAGAUGCCAUCAGAAACCCUUCCGCGUUCGUCAUGGCGGCAGCGAGACGCCAGGGCAGCGCGGGCAGCCGCAGCAGGCGCGAUCCUCCGCGACUACAGGAAGGCCCUUAUGCCGACCGGAGUUCGUACAACGACCGAGGCUACGCAGAUCGCGAUAGCUAUGACAGCCAUUACCGUGACAGCGACCGCAGCAAUGGCUAUGGUCGUCAAGAUUACAACAGCUAUAGCCAAAACAAUGGCUAUGCUGAAAGUCGCUACCCCAGAAGGAGGGACGAGAAUUCCUACCACAAAGGCUACGGCAGAUCGGAGCACCAGAAAGUGGAACAGUUGCUUCAAUAUCUCGACAUCGACGAGAGCGCGAAAGAAGCGCUGUCUACGAUACCAGUUGAGAAUCAG